GUCACCUUCCUUCCUUCGACCUUUUGUCACCACCUAACGAGUUCUUGACGUCUGGUUCUUCAUUCAAAGAGUCCUUCAUUCUUUACAACAAGCUACAACUAUGUGUAUAAUGGUUUUAUAAUGGAGUACCUUUCGUCACUUUAAAAAGGUGAAUAUCGUACAGGUAUAUCGGUUGAUAUCGGUUAUCGUACAGGUGAAUAUCGGUUGAAUCCUGACUCAACACAACCAUGAUGUUUGCGGAGGAUUCCGAGGGCUACUACCAAACGGAGCUAUACAAGCGCCGCUGGAUAAUGCUGUUCGUGUUCUGUCUCCUCUCCCUAACAAACUCGGGCCAGUGGAUCAUGUUCGCCGCUAUCAGUGACGUCAUCGUGCCGUUCUAUCACGUGUCUGCGUUCGGCGUCAACUGUCUGUCUAUGGUCUUCAUGGCUGUUUACAUUCUCUUCAUCGUCCCGGCCUCGUGGAUACUAGACCGCUACGGACUCAAGGUUAACGCUUUUAUCGCCGCAGGAUUUAACGUGCUGGGGGCAUGGCUCAAGUAUUGUGGUAGUGCUGAGAACGGUUUUAACUGGGUAGUAGCCGGGCAAACCGUAACUGCAGUGGCCCAAUGCUUCAUCCUUGGGGUACCCCCUCGGAUAGCUGCGGUCUGGUUCGGGCAAAACGAGCGCAGUGUCGCGACGGCUCUUGGCGUGUUUGCAAGUCAAGUGGGAGUCGCUAUCUACUUCGCUACUGUCCCGCUAAUUGUCCCGCGCAGUCCCGACAGCUCGCGGGUCAGCAAAGGUCUUGAGAUGCUGUAUGGGGGCGUGGCGAUCCUAUGUAGUCUGAUUGGUGCAGCGAUGCUGAUAGCGUUCGAGGACGCUCCCCCUGUACCCCCCAGUAAGUCACAAGCGGUGCUGAAGGACAAGGGCCGCUGUUGUCGCAUCACUUACAAGGAGUCUUUCACCCGGUUGUUUAGCAACGCAUCGUACGUAUUCCUGCUGGUUGCCUAUGGAAUAUACGCGGGCGCACAAUAUACAGUGGCGACCCUACUAAACGAGAUGGCGACCAAGCGCUUCCCGAAUCAAGAGGUCCUGAUUGGUCUGUUAGGAUUUGUGUUCGUUAUUGCUGGCCUCCCCGCUACAGUCCUCGCGGGCAUCUGGCUCGACCGCACGCUAGCAUACAAACAAGGCACCAUCUUUCUCAUGGGCACCUCCUUUCUUUCAAUGAUAGCGUUCUCAAUAACCCUGGAGUUCGCGCAGAGUGUCUACGGCCUUUUUCUCGUCUUGGCAGUGCUAGGGUUUUGCUCCACGUCUUUUCUUCCGCUGGGAUUCGAGUUCGCUGCUGAGCUGACAUAUCCGGUUCCGGAAGGGACAUCCGCUGGCCUGUUGAACGCGGCGGCUCAAUGUUUUGGUAUCUUCUUUAUCGUGGUUGUGGGGCAGUUAGUACACGAUGCAGGCGCGCUCGCCGGGAAUUUGGUGCUAAGUGGGGCUUUACUCCUGGGCGUUGGCUUACUCCCCCUGGUCAGGGCGGAUCUGCAGAGGCGCUCCGUAGAUAUGUACGGGGGGAGCGGGCUGCAACCGGAUAUUGACAGCAGCGAUCGUCAAUCCACCUCGUAUAACAUGAUAUCGGAAAGUCCGUCAGAGGAGUAAAUUCGCAGCCUGCUAAGGGAUUAUUUGAUACCUUACCGGACCCUACUUAGUCUUUUUUCUAGGCCAGUUAGGCAGUUUGGCAUAAAUGUCUUUAUUGGGGUUGCUGUGCUCGUAGCCGAAAGUUGGGGAGCAUGGUGACGAGCUCAUCUGUGACUUCACUUCCCUUAUUCACCACCGGAAACCCGAUAAGUAACUGUGACCUAGGUAUUGAGCCAAAUGCGGGUCAGUACGCAGCUCUUACAAGCUGCAAUUUGAUUAGGCAAAUGAACAAUAUCCGCACCUCGACACAAAGAACGAGAAGAAUACAGACAAAAGAACUCCUUUGUAGAAUAAAGAUAAUAGGAGACAAAGUAGCUGCGUACUUACUCCCAAAUGCAGAGGGGUAAAACAUGAACCUAUUCUUCUUAUACCUCCCACAAGAUGGAGUGGUUUUCAAAAACCCGUGAAAUACUUUUUAGUUUAUUUAGUACUAAUACAUUAUGUCUUUGUUUUCUUUUGUUCUGGCUUGACUAUUACACUUUAACAAUUACAUUUUGUUUCACGGGAUUUUGAAAAACACUCUAUAAAAUAUGACUUUCACCUAGUACUUUUUAUCAUCAUCAAUAUCAAUAAAUAAUAAGACAGGCAGGCAAAGCCAUUCUCCCACUUUUCUGACCUAAAAAAAAAACAAAUUGAAAAAUUAAGAGCUAAUAUAAUUAUUUCAUUGAUUUUAGGGUUUUAGAGGUGUAAACAAAUACAAAUGUUAGGUAGAUGUACCCAGCUACUAUAUGGAUGGUUUGCAAAUUCUGGAAUUGUAUACAAUUCCCUUUCUUUAAGGUGGCCCACAUCUAUCCAAAACAGCUGUCUUCCAAAAAAAUCUAUCUACAAAGUGCUCACAGGUGAUCAUUAAUAACACAAUCUCUCUCAAUCUUUCAAAUACUUAUGAAAGAAAUACCAUAAGUUCUGAGUUAAUAUUAAUGUUAAGCUAAAGCCAAACAGAUUGCAGAAUAAUUGAGAUUAAUUGGGGGUCAGAAAAAAGUUAGGAAAAAGUGACAGUAGUACCAAAAAAAAUAACCCCCCUAAAUUAUGCUGUAAUGAAUAACUCAGAUCUCAAGGAUCAUGCCUACGAAAUAUAACAAUAUUCCAUUUGGCCAAUCUUGUUAUUCUUGGUAUUUCUUUUUUUGGAAAAUAGGGCCAAAUGAGAGCCACCUUAUAUUUGUACACUUUAAUCAUAGUAUGAGCAAAAUACUACUGUAAAGAUCAAGUAAAAUUUUGAUUUAUUCAA